AUGUUGGUUUUUAAUGAACUGUCUCGUCUAUCGGAUGUAGGUUGUCUGACUACUAUCGUUACGCACGAUGCGCUGGCAUCUGCUGUACUUGACCACCUGGCAUCGGUCCACGACCGUCUGCAUACACACAAAACGUCCAAUAGUGUAGAUGUUGGCGAUAGUUGCUCUUUAGCCGCAAUUGGUACCGAAGUACCAAGGAUAGAUGAUGGUGAUUACUCAUUGUCAAAGGACAUCGGCCAGCUCCGCAUAUUACCAGAAAGAAAUGACGCUCUAAGCGGUGUUGAAGAUUUCGAGGUAAUGGUAAAUGACAUGCGAAGCACUUUCGUUUGCUGGCUGAACAAAGCACAACUUGCCCUUAAGUCACGUAGAGAAGAGUUAACACGUACCGCCGAGGAGCUUCAAGCGGAGCGCAAGGCGUUCGCCGAGCGUAUGCGACAGGAACGUGCUAUGGAAGCAGAAAAGCUUGCUGAGGAACGUCGUCGUCACGGUCAAGAGAUCGCCUCACAGCUGAAGCAUGUACAGUUUGAGCGUAACGAAGCGCGACGUCGUAUCGAAGAAGAACGUCAGAAACUCGAUCAUGAAAAGGAUGUUUUCGAGAAUUAUAUGCAAUUGGAAUCAGCAAAACUGCGACAACGUGUAGAACUGUUCGAACAGGACCAGCGUAAAGUACUAGAUAAUAAGAUCGCAACGCAAACCAUGGUUGACAUCAAUGUUGGAGGUGUGGUGUUCGAAACAUCACGACAUACUCUUGCACGUCAGCCCACAUCAUUCUUGGCGAAUCUUGUGAGCGGGCGUCAUGAGGUGGGUCGUGAUCGUCAGGGUCGUAUAUUCCUGGACCGUGAUUAUGAACUGUUUAGGGUAAUCCUAAACUUUAUGCGUAAUCCAGAAUGCCUGCCAUCACCACGUGAUCUAGCAGAGAGUAUUCUUUUGUUAAAUGAAGCUGCUUAUUACAAAAUCAAGUUCAGCCCGUACCCUUUGGCUAUCUGCUUGGGUGGUCACGACAGUCACUCGCCUAUGGCUGCGGUGGAAAUUUUGGACAGGGAGAACAUGUGCUGGCGUAAUUGUUCGCCUAUGCAGACCCCUAGGAUGUACUUUGGUGCUGGUGUUCUAAACAACUUUGUGUACGUGUUCGGUGGUCACAAUCUGGACUACAAAGCACUAUGUGACACCGAGAUGUAUGACCGAUUGCGUGACACAUGGCAUUCUACAGCAUCUCUUAAGCAAGCUCGACGUAAUAAUGGCGGUUGUACACUAGGAGACCGUUUGUUUUGUGUAGGUGGUUUUGAUGGCACAUCUGUAUUAGACUCCGUGGAGUCAUACGAUGCCCGUAUGCGCAACUGGAUCCAUGUGGCACCAUUGAACACACCACGUUCAUCACCAAUGAUCGCUCAGCAAAAUGAUAUGCUAUAUGCGAUGGGCGGUACUUGUGGAGAGCGUCUCCAAAGCGUGGAGCGCUACGACCCUCGUAUGAACAAGUGGGAACUUUUGUCCGGCGCCCUUCUGAAGGUUCGCAGCGCCGGUGCUGCUUGCAGUUACAACAAUGAAAUAUACCUCAUAGGAGGUAUCGACAAUGAGCAUACUAUCCACAAUUCAUUGGAAACUUGGCAUUCUAGCAGUCAGUCAAGUCGUUACCUGAUGGAGGCACCCCUUGAGUUGAUGGAUACAUCGCUAACGUUUUGUGGUGACUCUUUAUUACUUUCCGGGGGUCAGAAUUCGCAAGUUUCGGAUGCUACCUUCUUCUACAGACCGGAAUUUGAUGAAUGGUCGAAGGGUCCAUCGCUUCUAAUCCCACGUUAUGGCCACAGUACCGUGUACCUUGAUAUUUGA